UAAACCCUCUUCCUUCGCUUCUUUGCAAUUCCGACCGAAACUCACGAACUGUGAACUUUUACCGCCGGAAUCUCUAUUCAUGUCGGGCGUUUUCCGAUCAGCUCACCGGGAGAUUCGUUCUUCUUACAGUAGAAUCUUCAAUCCUCGAUUAUGGCGCCGCCAUUGUUCUCCUUCACGAAGCACCAUCAUCUCGACGUCGCUCUUCACCAGGCCAUUUGUUUCCGCCGCUAAUCCCAAGUCUCCCUUCGACGCCAUCGCUCUCCGAGUACUUCGUAACGAGAUCGAGUAUCAGUCCAAUUACGCUCCUCCCCAUCAGCCUGUAACGAAGUUCAAUUCAUUUUCGGUUGAAGACCGACCCGGCGAACAGUGGAUCACAUUGAGAGGGAAAUUUAUGGACACAGAAGAAAUUAAAAUCGAAGCGACGAUGUUCGAUGGCUGUGAAACUGUUCCUAGACCUGGAGACGACAGCGAUGGCGAGGAGGACCUCCGUCUCCAUAUUAGCGUGCUUGUCGACAUUUCGAAGGGUGAUGGUUCCGACGAUUUGGAGUUUAUGUGCUCGGCAUGGCCUGAUUUUUUGGAGGUUCAGAAAGUAUAUGUACUUCGGCGAGAUAGAAUGCUGGCAAGACCAUUUAUGGGUCCUGAUUUUAGGAAACUGAGUGGUGAGAUUCAGACGAAAUUUCGUGAGUUUUUAGCAGAACGAGGGAUAGAUAACGAGCUUACUCUAUUUUUGCACGAAUUUAUGAUGAACAAAGACAGAUGUGAACUUAUUCGGUGGUUGGGAACUGUCAAGUCUUUUGUGGAAAGAUAAAACACACGCUUCAUCAAACAUUGUUGUUUCCAUUUUUUAAGGUAUUCAAAAUUAUGCUCUCUUUCUCUA